AUGCAGAAUGCUCGUGCCAGCUACGAGGAAUCUGGCCGCCGCUUCAAAGGCAAGAAAAUGUCUGGGCUGAUGAGAUAUGCUCAUGGCAAUGAAUCCCGUGAUUUCUUCAAAGAGAUCCAAUUGCCUCUUGUGGUGCCAACCGAAGUUCCAAUUACUCUCUACGAGGGCUUUGAAGGGGACCGGAGGGAAGUUGAAACGACAGUCCCUGUGCUGGAUGUACAUGAGAUUUUGGACUACCUGCAGACGGAGCUCAAACUUCAAUGUCCAUUGGACAAAGUGCAGGCAUACUGGAAGCACCUUCGUGAUCAUGGAAAUCCCUUUGCAAUAAACUUCCCGGGCUCAGACAACCAUGUGCCAUUCACACUUUACGGCGAUGAAGUUGUAUUAGGCAAAGAUUCGAAGGACAAAGUAACGGGAUUGUUUUUGCAGCUGACCCUGUUUAAACCUCGGGUGGUGCGUGAAGGCUUGUGGCUCCUUUGUGCCAUUCAAGACUCGGUUAUGGUGCAUGAGAAUCUGAAGAGUUUACAACCCGUGUUGCAACACAUCGUAUGGAGCUGCAAUUGUGCCUUUACAGGCCGAUACCCUGCAAAUGCCAUGGAUGGAACCCCUUUGACAGGGGUGAAGGCCGAGAAAGCGGGCACGGAGUUCGCUUUUGGCACGCGGUGGGCGUGCGCCGAACUUCGUGGAGACUGGAAGUGGCAUGAACGCACAUUGAGAUUGCUGCGAACCCCUGUUUCGAAGAAACUAUGUUUCUUAUGCAAUGCAGAAGCCAGUGACGGUCACAUGCGCUACUACGACAUUGAGGACGGUGCUGCUUGGCGCAGCUCGCAACUGGACUCGAAUUCCUUUCUUCAGAGCGCCCUUCGGCCUGGAGCCAGAAGUAUCAUCCACUGA